AGUUGCAGUUUUUCGGGGGGUUUGUUUGCAGCUGGAGCUUUGCUCGACAGGAGGAGGAGAGCGGCACACACGCACACCGUGAGGGUUUUUAAAUCGAGCAUUUGGUGAGCGCCAUGGCGACCGAAGUGGGUACGUGGUCCACCGCUCCUCAAGCCGACGGGAUGUUUUCUCACGAUGAGAACCUGGCAGACGCUAACCGCUCCUACAGUGGCGACGAGGCGGAGGUGAACGGCAACUGGACGCCUCAGGAGAAAGCGCUCCACGAGGCGCGACUCAAAGCCAAGGCAAAGCGCCGCCUGCGCAAGUCAUCGUCCCGCAACUCCACCAGCGAGUCGCUCUCCGAGUCAGGAGACGUGGCGGGCGGCGACCCGAACAGUCCGAAGGGCAAAGUCAACACCAACGACCGCAAGUCCAGGACGGGCAAAGGCCGGGGCCUGCCAAAGAAAGGUGGAGCGGGCGGUAAAGGAGUUUGGGGGGCUGCUGGGAUGGUUUAUGAAGACGAGGAGCCUGACAUGCGGGACCCUAACUAUGAUGAAUCUUCUCAGGGUGACACAGUCUAUGCAACAGUUGUUCCUGAGGUAGAUGAGAAGGAACUAGGAAAAAUGGUCAACCCAAUCGUGAAGGAGUACUUUGAACAUGGAGACACAAAAGAGGUCCAGAUGUUGCUGAAGGAGCUGAACCUUGGCCCACAUAAGUACGAGUUCUCCUCCCUGGCCGUGUCUCUCUCCCUGGAGGGGAAGGCGAGCCACAGAGAGCUGACCUCCCGCCUGCUCUCUGAUCUGACCGGCAAGGUGCUGUCACAAAACGACAUGUCCCGAGCCUUCGACAAGAUCCUCAAAGAGCUGCCAGACCUCAUACUGGACACACCAGAGGCCCCCCAGAUGUUGGGCCAGUUUAUAGCAAGAGCCAUAGCUGACCACAUCCUCCCCAUGUCUUUCCUGGACUGUUAUAAGGGCAAAGUGGUCUGUGAGCACGCCAGAGUCGCUUUGGACCGUGCUGUUGUGCUUCUGACCAUGAAGAGAGAGAUGGUCCGUCUGGAUAACGUGUGGGGUGUUGGCGGGGGCCUGAGACCCGUCAAACAUCUCGUCAAAGAGAUGAAUCUCCUGCUGAAGGAGUACCUGGUGUCAGGUGAAGUGUCUGAGGCAGAGCGCUGUCUGCGAGACCUGGAGGUCCCGCACUUUCACCACGAGCUGGUCUAUGAGGCUGUAGUGAUGGUGCUGGAGUCGAAGGGCGACACUGCCAGUCACAUGAUGAUGAAGCUGCUGCAAUCCUUCUGGAAAACAGGCCUCAUCACUGUGGAUCAGAUGAACAGGGGUUUCCAGCGUGUCUACAGCGAGCUCCCUGAGAUCAACCUCGACGUGCCGCACGCUCACUCCAUCAUGGAGGCCUUUGUGGACCUCUGCUACCAGGAGUCUGUCAUCACCAAGCAGCUGAGGGAUGCCUGUCCCUCCAGAGGGCGGAAGCGUUUUGUCAGCGAAGGAGACGGUGGCGUGAUCAAGAGCUAAUCCACAAGAGGAAGAGGAAGAGCAGGAGGAUGAGGAUGGGUGUCUACAGGUUCAUUCACCCGGUUUCUGCUCCAGCAUGUCUUCUCCUGACACCAGGCGUGCUGGAAGUCUCAAAGUUUCCUUUUCCCUCUCUAGAAAAUAUUGUCAAUACAUAAACCAGCGUUGACGUUUGGUGAAAAGUAGACUGACGAGUGGUUUCAGGCGUUCAGUCCCAUUCAUCUUGUUAAUCACCGUUUUUGACUUUUGUAAGAAUACUCUUUAUUUCUGGGAUUAGAUGCACCCCUCUCUCUGCAGUCUUUGUACCUGUUACUCCAGAAGUAUACUAGAGUGGCAGGAUUACAGGUAGAUAGGCUGAAUUUUUUGGAAGAUUUUUUUUGCUUUGCUUACCUUUCGCCAUGUUUAUUUUUUCUCAUGUGCUGCAUUAUA